AAGAAUUUUGGUAAAAUACAAGUCAAAACAGGGUCUUGGCAGAUUACUCUGAAAUUUCACCUCUCUCUCUCCACCAUUUCUCACUCUGAAAUUUCCUGGCGCUGGGCACGCCUAUAUAUACUGCCCCCACCAACUCGCCUCCAGCUCUCUUCUUCUCUCACAUUGCCUCAUCAAAUUCGUUUCUCGAAAAGAAGAAAACAGAAUCAACGAACCUCAUAUUCAUCAUUUCGAGAAACAAACCUCAUCAUCAAUUACAAGCAUCAACAACAAUCCGCCCGCUUUACCUGCAUCCCCGUAUUUUUACCAGCAGAUCUUUGCCGGGAUCGGGGUUACAGGUAGAACGCGUGAGUGCGGAAGGACUUUUUCGUUGCGUGCAAAAACAUUUUUUGUUGUGUGUUGUGAGUGAUGAUGAGGUGAUGGAACAGAAGCACGUGAUUCUGUCGGCAUUGAGCGUGGGUGUCGGAGUAGGCGUGGGGCUGGGCUUGGUGUCCGGUUCCACCGUCGGAAGAUGGACCGCGAAUGCCAGCUGCGCAGCGGCGGACGGCGUCUCCGCCGAGCAGAUAGAGACGGAGCUUCUUAGAGUAGUUGUUGAUGGGAAGGAGAGCGGGAUUUCCUUUGAGGAAUUUCCGUAUUAUCUCAGUGAGCGGACACGUAUAGUAUUCACAAGUGCAGCAUACGUUCAUCUAAAACACUUAGAUGUAUCUAAGCACACUCGAAAUCUUUCUCCAGCAAGUCGGACUAUAUUGCUGUCAGGGCCUGCAGAGUUAUACCAGCAAGCACUUGCCAAGGCUCUGGCGCAGCAUUUUGAUGCAAAGCUGCUAUUGCUGGAUUUACAUGAAUUUUCGCUUAAGAUGCAGGGCAAGUAUAAUAUCAUAAAGAAAGACUCUUCUCUCCCAAGGUCUAUCUCAGAAGUGACUUUGGAAAGAAUGUCCAGUUUUCUAGGUUCCUUCUCCGCUCUUCCCCCUAAAGACAAAGGCACAUCAUCCGGGCAAAGAAAUGUGCUGGGUGCUACAACAAGGAAUUCUGAAGGAGCCGGCAACUCUCUAAGGCCUUGCAGAAGUUCCUCAGUCUCUUCAGAUAUGAGUAGCAUAAGCACCCUCUCAUCCUCUUCAAAUCCAGCUCGGUUUAAGCGCGUUAGCAGCUGGCCUUUUGAUGAGAAAGUUCUGUUACAGUCACUUUAUAAGGUGUUGGUUUCAGUUUCUCAAACAAGUAGCAUCAUUCUUUACAUCCGGGAUGUUGAGAGACUUUUUCUUCAGUCCCCAAGAUUAUACAAAUUAUUUGAUAGAAUGUUGAAGAAAUUAACUGGAUCCAUUUUAGUUCUUGGUUCUCGGAUGUUGGAUCUUGAUGAUGCUUCUGGUGAAGUAGAUGAAAAACUAAGUAAUUUAUUUCCUUACAACAUCGACAUCAGCCCACCAGAAGAUGAAACUCAUCUUGUCAGCUGGAAUAGUCAACUGGAAGAGGAUAUGAGAAAGAUACAGUUUCAGGAUAACAAGAAUCAUAUUGCUGAGGUACUUGCUGCAAAUGAUAUCGAGUGCGAUGAUCUAGGAGCAAUAUGCCAUGCUGACACCAUGAUCCUGAGUCACUACAUCGAGGAAAUUGUUGUUUCUGCUCUAUCAUAUCAUUUGAUGAAUAAUAAGGAUCCAGAGUAUCGUAAUGGGAAGCUUGUCAUAUCAUCUAAGAGCUUGUGCCACGGAUUAAGCAUAUUCCAAGAGGGUAAAAGUGGUAGCAAAGAUACUCUUAAGAUGGAGACUAAUGCUGAAGGUUUCAAGGAUCCCAAGAAAAAAGAGAGUUCUGUAUCAAAACCUGGGUCGAAAUUUGAAACAAAAUCCGGGAACAAGAACGAGACAGAAAAGCCAACUUCAACAAAGACAGAUGGUGAGAAUGCAUCAACAUCGAAGCCGGAAAUUCCUCCAGACAAUGAAUUCGAGAAACGCAUCAGGCCAGAAGUAAUCCCCGCGAAUGAGAUUGGAGUAACAUUUGCAGAUAUCGGUGCUCUAGAGGAGACUAAAGAAUCGCUUCAGGAGCUGGUUAUGCUUCCUCUCAGAAGGCCAGACCUCUUCAAUGGUGGUCUUCUGAAACCUUGCCGGGGCAUAUUACUCUUUGGUCCUCCGGGUACGGGAAAAACAAUGCUUGCCAAGGCCAUUGCCAACGAGGCUGGGGCUAGCUUCAUAAAUGUAUCAAUGUCAACUAUCACUUCAAAAUGGUUUGGAGAAGAUGAGAAGAAUGUUCGAGCUCUUUUUACUCUUGCAGCAAAGGUUUCCCCCACAAUCAUUUUUGUAGAUGAGGUUGAUAGUAUGCUUGGGCAGCGGACAAGAGUAGGCGAGCAUGAGGCAAUGCGAAAAAUUAAAAAUGAGUUCAUGACACACUGGGACGGGCUAUUAACAAAACCCGGAGAGCGGAUUCUUGUUCUUGCAGCAACAAACAGACCUUUUGACCUAGAUGAAGCAAUCAUUAGGCGUUUUGAGCGCAGAAUCAUGGUUGAUCUGCCUUCUGUCGAGAAUAGAGAAAAGAUCUUGAAAACCCUGUUGUCAAAAGAAAAGGCGGAAGAUCUAGACUUUAAAGAGCUUGCGACAAUGACGGAAGGAUAUAGUGGAAGUGAUCUCAAGAAUUUGUGUGUGACAGCAGCUUACCGCCCAGUGAGAGAACUGAUACAACAAGAGAGAGAGAAGGAUAUGGCGAAGAAACAGAAAGAGAAAGAAGGUGAAAACGCUGAAGAUGCUUCUUCAAGCCUAGAUGAAAGUAAAGAAGAAAAAGUAAUUUCUUUAAGGGCCUUAAACAUGGAAGACUUGAGGCAGGCAAAGAAUCAGGUUGCUGCAAGUUUUGCCUCGGAGGGAUCCAUAAUGGGCGAGCUAAAGCAGUGGAACGAGCUAUACGGAGAAGGGGGCUCGAGGAAGAAGAAGCAGUUAUCUUACUUCCUGUAGAUUUCUUCUAUCUCAACGAUGAACCUGAAAGCUCAUCCAUCUUCUCGUAUCAAAUUCAUCAUCUUUUUCAUUUUUUUGAAGCUUGAAUGUGAGCCUGUAAUUAGUUCAAGAUGGAUCGAUGCAUUAUUUCACCAGGGGGGAUCGAUACAAGUGUUUUUCUCUAAAAUCUGUAGCAAUCGAACUUGGGUUUGUUUUAUUGAAAUUAUUUGCCUAUAAUGCUGUAAAUUCGUCAUGCACAAAUAUUAAUGAAAAUACCACUCAAUUCAUCA